AUGGCAUCUGCCGCAACCGCUUGCCCUUCUUCUCCUGUAACACAUCCUUCGCCGGGCCGACCGCUCUCCGGGCACGGCUUACCCAAUACGAUAAAUACACGCAGCGUCUCCAAGCCUGUCGCAACCUCCCAGCUCAACUCAUCAGCACUCCCCGCGACCUCAACAACCUCAUCCGCGUUCUCCCUAGCCUCCCUUCCUGUGCACCAGCAUCCAGGCUCUCCUUCCCCAGCAACUAUAGCUCCAGUCGCAGUUGCUCCCCCAACCUCUCAACCGCAAUCCGUGCCACUCCCGACCCCCCCUGCCACAUCGCUGAAUUCUACACCUAGCUCCGCUUCCGAGUCGACACAAGCAAGUCCAAGUCCCGCAUCGACUCCAUACGUACCACCAUAUCCUCCCCAUUUAUAUCGGAGCCGUACUCAGAGAAUCAUGAUUGACCCCACGGAUCCAGUGAGGAGAUACCAGCCUAACCAGCGUGUGCAGCUCAAGUUGAGCAACGGUACUUGGAUAGCAGCCACGAUUACGGAUAUCUCUCGCGCUUCCCCUAGUGCUGCUACACAAACAUAUACGGUUGAAUAUGUAGCUGGUGGCCGCCGGGAAUGCACUAGUGUGGGACCGAGUUAUCUCAGGCCUGUGAGUUGA